ACCCCCCCCCACCCGCUGCCGUAAAGCGCGCCGCUCGCUCCGCUGUCGCAAACUGGGAGGACCCAGAGCAGACGAGAAGCGCCGGGCGGAGCGGCCAAUCCCGUGACGCUCUGCGAACGCGUGACCAUAGAGACACGCGUAAACCCCGCCCCUUUCUGGCGAUCAACCAAUCAGCGCUGACAUUUGGAAGGCGGGAAUUCACAAAUCCAACCAAUCGCAGCAAAGACCACGCCCCCUCCGUCGCCAGGGAGACGCGCGCCGCCAUUUGCGCGUGAGGCGUUGCCGCCGCCACUUCCGGUCCGGCCCAGCCCGGCUCCCCCGGCCCAAGCGCGGCCUCGUCCCGGCCUUUCCCCGGCCCAAACCCCGGCCUCGCGUAGCUCCUGAGGCGGAGGUGGAGCGGGACGCGCAGGGUCCCCCCGCGGCGGCCGCGGCCGCCAUGGCCGCCGUGUGGCAGCAGGUGCUCGCCGUGGACGCCCGGUACGCCGCGUACCGCACGCCGCAGCUGCCGCAGUUCCGCACUCAGUACGUGCGGCGGCGCUCGCAGCUGCUGCGGGAGCGGGCGCAGGGCGGCCACCUGGGCACAGGUGAGGCGCGGCGCUGGUACCUGCGGCUGCGCGCGCGGCUCCUGGCCCAGCGCUACGGCGCCCUGUCCGAGGCCGGCAGCUGCCGCAGCGCCCUGAGGGCCAGCAGGACCACGCUGGACAGGAUGGAGGAUUUCGAGGAGGACCCGCGGGGGUCCCGCGGCCACCGGCGCUCCCUGAGCCGCAGCUCCGGCCCGGGGGGGCUGCGGGGGGGGCCCGAGGAGCGCCCCCCCGGCGUUGUCCCCACCCCCCUGGCCGAGGCCAGCCGGGCCAUGGCCGGGGACACCUCCCUGAGCGAGAACUACGCCUUCGCGGGCGUGUUCCACGUGUUCGACCAGCACCUGGACAGCGCAGUCCGGAAGGUUCAGUUUGCCCACGAUGAGCGCCACCUCCUGGCCUGCUGCUCCCUGGAUGGCUCUCUCUCCGUUUGCCGCCUGGCCCCGGGACCCCCGGCCGUGCUGCGGCGCCUCCGCGGUCACGGCGCCGGCGUCUCGGACUUCGCCUGGUCCCUGUCCAACGACGUCCUGGUGUCCACAUCGCUGGAUGGGACCCUCAGGAUCUGGGACCCCGCAGAGGGGAGGUGCAUCCGAAGGGUGCAGGAUCCUGACGGGGCUGAGCUGCUGUGCUGCGCCUUCCAGCCGCUGAAUAAUAACCUGACUGUGGUGGGCAGUGCCCGGCACAUGGUCCGAGUCCUGAACAUCUCCACGGGCAAAGCCGCUCGCGGCGGCUCCGGGCGCCUCCCGGGCCGAGCUCUCGCCCUUUGCUUCGACGCCCCCGGGCGGGUCCUGUGGGCCGGGGACGAUCGGGGCUCGGUCAGCUCCUUCCUGUGCGACCCCGGCACUGGCCGGCUGACCAAGGCCUCCCGGGUGCUGGUGCAGGCUGGGGGCUCCAUCACUUCUCUCUCUGCCCGGGCCUGGGCGAGCCGGGAGGCGCCGGAUCCUUCCCUGCUGGUGAACGCCUGCCCCGACAGACUGCUGCUGUUCAGAGUUGUUGAGGAUGAGGGUGUUUCGGGCGCCCCCGGGCUCCGGCUCCGGCGCAGUUUCCCCACCCGGCACCGGGAGCAGCCGCUCCGGAGCUGCUUCUGCCCCCUGAUGUCCUUCCGGCAGGGGGCGUGCGUGGUGACCGGCUCUGAGGACGCCUGUGUCCAUUUUUUCGACGUGGGCCGCGCCGCCCGCGCCACGGUGAACACCCUGCAGGGCCACGGCGCCGCCGUGCUGGCGGUGGCCUUCAACUGCGACGAGUCCCUGCUGGCCUCGGCCGACGCCGGCGGCACCGUCAUCGUCUGGAGACGACAGCACGCCUGAGAGAUCCCAAAAAAUCCCAAAAUCCCAAAAUCCAAAUCCUGAAAUCCCAAAAUUCAACCUGCAACGAGUCCCUGCUGGCCUCGGCCGACGCUGGCAGCACCGUCAUUGUCUGGAGGCGGCCAGCACGCCUGAGAGGAACCCAAAAAAUAUCCUAAAAUAUCCCAAAAUAUCCCAAAAUCCCAAAUCCUGAAAUCCCAAAAUCCCAAAAUUCAACUGCGACGAGUCCCUGCUGGCCUCGGCCGACGCUGGCAGCACCGUCAUUGUGUGGAGGCGAC